AUGGAGAUUCGAAGCGCGUCCGCGGCGAACGGCGGGCGGUGCACGCUGAGACGGCGCGGGUUGGACGACGACGACGCGCGCGCGUUGGCGGCGUUUCUCGCCGCCGAGAACGAAAACGUCGACGCCGACGCCGCGCUCGUCGGUCUGGACGUGUCCGAGAACGCGAUCACGCGGUACGGGUUCAUCGCGCUCGCGGAGGCGAUGAAAACGAACGACACGCUGCGAUCGGUGAACGUCGCCGGCAACGUCGACGCCGACGGCGACGCCGCGCGAACGUUCGCCGGGCGCGUCGCGGUCAACCACCUCGUGUCGUCGGAAGCUCGCGGCGGCGGCGGCGGGGAAAAGAAAGACGCGUUGAAGUCCGUGUCCGACCGCGGGUUAGGCGACGCCGGCGCGAUCGAAGUCGCCAACUUGCUCGCGAUUCCGUGCGCGACGACGCGAGCGAUGACGCAUCUCGGCGUGCAUCACAACGGCAUCGGCGACCUCGGCGCCGUCGCGCUCGCGGAGGCGUUCGCGAGAGGGGGCGCGCCGUUGGAAGAGAUCGCGGCGUAUAGCAACGCCAUCGGUCCGAAGGGCGCCGCCGCGAUCGCAAAGCGCUUGCCGAGCACGACGAAAGCGCUCGACCUCGGCGGGAACGCGCUCGGCGACGACGGGUGCGUCGCGAUCGCGCGCGUCGUUCGGACGCAUCCGAACCUCGUGGAGCUGCACGUGGACCACAACGGCGUCGGCGAGGCGGGGGCGAAGGCGCUUCUCGACGCGAUGAAAAGCCGGGAGAGCGACGACGACGCGCCCGGGCCCGCGGGGGGGAUUCAGCGGCUGUGGCUGCACGGGAACGACGGCAUCUCGGAUGACACGCUGCGAGAGGCGUACGCGGUCGCCGCGCGCAACGCCGCGGCCGCGGACGAGGGCGUGUGUGAGGUCGUCGAGCGCGAGAACGCGCGGACGCUGAGGGAAAAGGAAGACGCGGCGGCUAAUGCGGCGGCGGCGACGACGACGGCGGCGGGGUCCACCACGUUCGCCGACCGCGUCGCCGCGCUCGCGAACGCGACGUACCGCGCGCGAUGCCCGACGCACGCGGCGAACGCGCGCGGCGUGCCCGUCAUAGCCGCGAUCCUCGCGCGUGAAGCGAUCUCGAGCGACCCGGACCACGGCGGCGGCGACGAUUCGUUGAAAGUCGUGUCGCUCGGCGUCGGGACCAAGUUUCUUCCCCCCGCGGUCGCCGCCGCCGCGCACGCCGCGGGUAAUGAUCGCUGGCGGUCCGUCGUGCACGACUCCCACGCGGAGGUGCUCGCGCGACGGGCGCUGAUGCGACUGCUGUACCGCGAGAUCGAAGACCUCGUCGCGGGCGCCGCCGACGACGACGCCGACGGGUUCAAACUUCUGGAACGCGUCGACGCGCCCGCGCUCGGGUUCCGAUUGCGACCGUCGACGUCGCUUCAUCUCUACGUCUCCACCGCGCCGUGCGGCGCGGCGUCCAUGCCGGGAGGCGGCGGCGUCGCGGGCGGCGCGUCGUUCGGACGCGACGUCGACGACCUGGAGUCGUGGACCCCUGUCGACUCCCCGGCGUGGAAAGACGCGGCGGCGCGGCGGCACGUCGUCUUCGCGCCCUCCGUCGUCUGCGGCGCGAUGAUCAAGGGCGCCGCGCGCGUCGGCGACCCGCCCGCGCCCGCGCCCGGGUGCGUGUGGGCGCCCGGCGGUCUCGCCGCGGCGUGCGGAACCCCCGGGCGGGCGCUGUCGUGCUCGGACAAGAUCGCGCGGUGGCAGGCGGUGGGUCUGCAGGGCGCGUUGCUGUCGCAUUUCGUCCCGGCGCCGAUGGCGUUUUCGACGAUCGUCGUCGGGAGAAAGUUUGACCCGACGCGUCUGCGUCUCGGGACGUGCUGCCGCUCGAUAGGGUGGACCGAGCGGCCGAGCGCGUGGCCGGUGCCGACGCACGCGCGCGCGCUCGGGGUGAGCGCGCGCGGUCGCGGUCGAGGGGAGUCGAUCGGCGCGGCGAAGCACGGCGACGCCAUCGGGGACAAGUCGAGGGCGGACGCGGGGGACGGGGACGAGAGUUUGAGCUGGGCGAGAGGGGACGCGCGCGUGGCGAGGCACGACGGGAGGACGGGCGGGCCGAUCGGCGGGCUCGGGGCGCACCCCGCGGUGUGCGGCGAGGCGCUGUUCGAGUCGUUCGCGCGGGUGCUCGCGCGCGAAGGUAUCGGGAAUUUCGUCGACGACGCGUUCGCGCGUCGCCGCGACGGCGACGGCGACGGCGCCGCGGGGAUGUCGUACGAGGAAGCGAAAUAUGCGGCGACGGCGUACAACGACGCGAAGAGAAGUCUGCGCGCGGGCGGCGAGGAAGGGGACACGCCCGUGAAUCGAUGGCGCGGGCGCGUCGAGGGUUGA